GGGCACGGCGCGCCACCUACCGUUUUCCCUUCCCUCCCCCCGAAAUCUGAAUCCAAAUCUCGGCCGACCCCGCCGCCCCAUGCCUCCCUCGCCGCCGCAGCCGCCGCCGCCGGCCACGGAGGAGGUCGAGUUCGAGGUGGAGGACGCCUCCGACGACGAGGCGGCGGGGGGAGAGGCGCCGCCGCUUGCCCCGGCCCCGGCCCCUGCCCCGCCGGCCGGCGGGGGCGCCGAGGCGAGCCGUGCCGCGUCGGGGUCCGGGGAGGCGGCGGGCGGAGAAGGGGCCGACGAGGAGGACGAGGACGAGGAUGAGGACGACGAAGAAGACGACUCCGACGACGAAGAAGACGAGGAUUCGGAGGAUGAAGGGGACGAGGACGAGGACGAGGACGAAGACUCCGACGAGGAGGGCUACGACGACGACGACGAAGACGAAGACGAGGACUCCGAUGAGGACGAUGACGACGAGGAGGACGAGGACGACGAAGACGACGACGAGGACGACGACGAGUAGAAUGGGAUGGAAGUGGAGCCUGCGGCGUUCGCAUCUGGGUGAGGAUGAAAUGAAGAUGCAAAGGAGAAGAAGGGUCGGUUUGCACUGAUGCUCAAGUGUAUGUAUGUAUGUAAGGGAUGGCAAUCGGUAAUCGAAUGUCGCGGAUGCAGAAUAUUGGCUACGGCGUGACUAGAUAUUGGCCUCAGGGUGACCUCUGAAGCUUCUGUUGCUGAUCCUCUGUUUCUACUAUGUACUCUGGACAAAAAUUGUAUUGUUCUGCUCAUCUGAGCCCUGUAUCUGCUAUUUGAGGAGGAAACUUUGCGUGCCACGAUUCUA